AUGCAAGGUCAACGACGUGGACCUCUGACAGGCGUAACUGCCAGAGGUCACGCUGCACACACGGCCUCCUCACACAGCAAACUGAGAGGACCCAAGGAUGAAAAUGCCGACAAAGAGGCAUCGAAGACGACGUGUGCAGCGUGUGGACGGUAUAUAGAGUCCGGGCAAAGGUUCAUAGAACUGUCGGUCACAUUACCAAACGCAUCAGCGUCCAACCACGCUGCUUCGCAGCAGCGUCAGGCAAGAGAGAGCCGUGGUUCUGGCACGAAGAGUUCGUCUUCGCGUGGAAUAACAGUUAAGGCUCACUUCCACUUGAGCUGUUUGCGGUGCACCGAGUGCGGAAAAUCGCUGCCGAAUCCGGCAGGAGAUGCCACAACAUCGAGCGAUAACCCAAUUGUUCUAUGCAGCGAAUCUGCAAUCGAGGCACUGACUGGGACGCAGACAGGUCCGACCUCCAACGACAGGAGCCUUCAAUCCGAAAGUGCGGCUGUGAAGAGGGCUUCCCUCCAGAGAAAUCCAGCUGCGCGUGGUGCCCUUCUUCAGUAUUUUGUGGCUCACGCCAAGUGUAAAGAACGCCCUUGUGCUGUGUGUCACCGUCCAAUAUCCCUUAAUGAGCCCAAGGUUGCUCUGCCGAUCGAUAUUCUGGGAGAGGGGGAAAAAGGGGAUGAGACAAAGCACAAUCGCCAAUCGCGGAGCCGGGUAGAGAAAGGCAGUGGGAAAUCAGGAGGAGUCCGUCGCUUUCCAAGUGGGUCUACGACAGACGAAGCCACUGCCUAUCAGCAUGUCGCCUGCACAAGAUGCAGUUCUUGUGGCAAAGGCUUCGACCCCGACAAUAACUCGAAACAUUUGAUUAUUUUUGAUCAGCAGCGACACCCCUACCAUCCGGAAUGUCUCGCCUGUUGUUGCUGUCAUAGGCCCCUUAUUGGCACUUACGAAGUUCAUGAAUUCUUCGGAAAGCCAGAUACGUGUGAAAUGCUCCUGUAUGGCUCUAGUGAACUUCCCCUACCUGCUGGACUCCCAGCGGCAGUUGCAGGAGGGUGGCCGACCGGUAGUUUUGGUGUGGAAAGAGGGCAGAACACAAAACUUAAUUAUGGUGCGGCACCAGUCAAGGACUCCGGAAAUCGAGUAACAGCCAAAUACGGGGGUUUAUGUUGCAGUUGGUGCUCGUUACGCGUCCCACGAUGCGUGUGCUGCGAAAGACGAUGCGCAGUGUAUACGAAUGAGAACAACGAGCAGGUCUUGCCUCGUGUGAUCAGCCAGACGGCUAUUGCAGCCGCGAAGAUGGCGGCAGAUAUUUCUCUCGGGAAGAAACUGCCGCCAACAUUUGGUCAGGCUGAACGUGCAGCUGACUCAGUUACACAGAGAGCUGCUGGCGUAACAGCCGGCUCAACGGCUUCGACAGAUUUGCUCGGAGAGGUGAAGGGAGUUGUGUGCGGGCAGUGUGCGAGUUUGCCAAAGGUUACUACGGAGCCUGAAUUAAGGGCCACUUCCUCUUGGCUGCAGCGCGUAUUCUGCCAGGCUGGCAUUGCAUUCAGUCAUGAUAUGAUUCAGUUGCAGAAGUUGAUUAGGACGAUAAAUGAAGAGGAAGUUAAAAAGAAAGGCAGAAGGAAUAAAGAUGAGGAUGCCCAGCGUGCCGGCAGCGUAGCGGCUUCAAAGAUGCCCACUCGUAAGGUCACUCCGAGCCACAUGGGCACUGCUGUACUGCAGAAAAAGAUAGGCUCCAGCGCUUCCGGUGUCGUAACGUGGAUCGAUGACCUCGGGGUCCCAAUAGAGCUUGUAGAUUUCUCAGCCCUGAACUCAGAGGUACCUCCGUCUUCCGGGAGAAGGUGGAUGUCCCGGACAUCUUCCAAUCUGGCUGCAUCAACGAUGAAGCCAGGUAUGCGACGGAAUGUUACUGCAGUCCACGGAUCUCCCGCCAGAGGCUCGUCCAUGGCGAAUCGGCGCCUGCCUUCUUCAACCCCAGGCAGCGUGCCCGGCCGGUCGAUCAACGCGGCAGACAUACCGUUUGCUCGCAUUUUGUUUGGUAGGUGUCAUGUGCAAGUCCUUACAAUGAAGGUAGCAGGUGCCGUUGCUGCGCAGUUCGAUGAAGAGGUGAAGGCACGGUCCCGACUGAGUGCGGCGGGACUGGCGGCUCGGAACGCAGGUCGUUCGGGUGUAUCACAGGUGCUGUCAGGAGUGGAACGUAGAGAAACGGAAGUGGCAAGCUCCGCCAGUGAUCGGAGUGACAUGAAAAUCAGGCGCCAGUCGACGUUGGUCGGGCAGCAUGUUCUUGAUGUAGCUGCUGCGUAUGCAGCUGCGCUAGACGGGGACAUGCAGUCGCCAGGGAACCCGGCUGAAAGAGGCAAGCGUGUGCAAAAAGAGCAAAUGAAUGACAGUGACCGAUCGCGGCCGGGGCAUGAUGCAGUUGUUGCAGCAGGCGCACUUCUACGGGACGGGUCCUUUGCCGGAGGUUUAUUAAGAACAAAAAGUGGCAUUCAUACUCAAGGGUUGAGUGUUCUGCUUGUCGAAAGAAUUUGUGUCGUUGGGUCUGUCCCCCGAGUGAUGGUUGUGCAACAUAUGGGUCACGAAUGGCUGCACGCCUAUCUCGCCUGCAAGCAAAAAACAAUUAAGGAUACCGCCGUGGAAGAAGGGGCGUGUAACGUGGCUGCCACGGAGGCGCUGUUGAGAUUUGGUGCGGAACUACACUUGAAGAUCCAACAAGAAAAUGAAGACAACACGCCUGUUUCUGAGAGGACGAAGGGAAGUGACUUGAGUGGAUCGCAGUACGAGAUGCUGAUAUUGAGGUUCAGAAUUUGGAAGAUGAAGCAAAGCAAAGAUCCUGUGUAUGGGGCAGGUUACAGAACCUGUUUAAACGUCGUGAGUUCUGGAAACCUCUCUUUCGCAGAUUUCGUCAGGUGGUUGUUGAAAAAAUGA